AUGGUAGAGCAACACGGAGUAAUGUCCAAGAUUGCAAUCUUAUACACGGACCAUCAAAAUGAUUGGGUAAAGCCGUGGAAGGAUUUUGCCGAGAUGGGCAUGAAGAUUAUCGAGCAGGGCAGAGAAUUGGAAAACGAUACUAGCGUUGAAGUAGAGUAUACAGUUUUUGACAUUUACCACAGUCAGUUUCCCCCAAUAGAAGAACUGAAAACUGCAAACGGCUACCGCGGUAUCUACAUAACCGGGUCUCGCUAUGAUGCGCACGAUACCGCAACCACCUGGGUCAACGAGCUGCGGAUUUUUCUCAGAAUGUUGCUUACCGAGGACGGCUAUCCUCCUGUCGCAGGCAUAUGUUUUGGCCACCAGAUCAUAGCAUCGGCUCUCAACGCCAAAGUGUGUAGAAACCCCUUGGGCUUGGAGAUUGGUGUUACACCUAUCACAUUGAAUAAAGUAGGACUCGCACUCUUCAGCGACGUUGCUGGCGCAACAAUAAAUAUUUCAGAGCUGCAUCAGGACGUUGUCGAGGAAACGCCGGAAGGGUACUCUAAUUGGGGAUCUACCUCAGUAUGUGAGCGCCAGGGUUUUUACAGACCCCAAAAAGCCAUUUCUUUCCAAGGGCACCCCGAAUUUCAUACCGAGGCUUCGCAAAGAGCUCUAGAUGCUAAGCUGUCGAGCAUCCCAAAGUCAGGCUUAAACAGCUACGACUCGGUGAAGACCCGAAAUGCCACACUGAAGAACGAUGGACCCUAUGUAGCUAGGUACAUUUGGAAGUUGUUUAAACGGGAGAUCUAG